AUGUCUACUCCGUACUCAACACCUCGAUUAACGCUCUUUUCGACCACCUUUUGGGAAGUUCUUCCCUCACAUUACGACAAGAUUAUAACACGCUGGUCUAAGAUUGCACACCUGCAUCACGAAGCAAAGUCCGACAUAUUAGCCACCGACCGCGCUGGUGCAGUGACAUCCCUCAAAGCGGAGUUAGAGAUGCUGGAUUUGGAUGUGGAGGAGUACCGAAAGCUCGUGAACGGUGUCGAUAUUACUGAUAUUGCAGGCGUAUACGUCGUGGGUGGCAGGCCGCGACAUCGCGCUUUGGAGAUUGCGAAGGAGGACAAGAAGGAUCUGGAAGAAAGCUUGAGCCUGGUGGAGGAGCAUGUGAAGGAAAUUAGGGCCGAUAUUGCCAAAAUGAGCACAAUGAGCACCGUGCAUGUCCUUCAGUGUCACCAUACCAAUGAUCUUACUCCCCUCUUAACAGAACUCGAGGAUCGAGCCGACUGCGUUUUGACAAGGCUGUACCUGCUCUGGCAGCUAGACGAAGAGUUUGCGGAAAUCGAGAAAAGCCUGCAGCAGCAAGAUUACAUCAAUCUCAUUCGUUCCAUAACCGGGAAAAUGGAGGCAGAUCUGGAAGUUAUUCGACAAAAGAACGAGUUACUAAACAAUGGCCAAUUAUCCGACUGGAUUGACAACGGUACAGAUGAGGCAGAGAAGUCAAGGAAACAAGAGCAUGUUACGAGACUGAUGAAGAAGAUGGACGGGUUGCAGAAACAGAUGGCGGAAGCGAAGAGAGGAUAUCUCGGCUAG